AAGAGGAAAAAUAAAAAGGGCGGAAAAGGCGGUCUCCCCUCUCUCUCUCUCUCUCUGAGCUCGCCUUCCCCGUUUCCUCCCUCUCUAAACCCUUCUGCUCGCCCUCCAUCCUCCUCCUCCUCCUCCUCCUCCUCCUCCUCUUCUUCCUCCCUUCGAUCCGAACGAAGAUGAGUGGCGGAGGCGCUAGGGUUUCGAUCCCCGCCGGCGUGCGGCGCACGAUCCAGAACAUCAAGGAGAUCGCCGGCAACCACAGCGACGAGGAGAUUUACGCAAUGCUCAAGGAGUGCUCCAUGGAUCCAAACGAGACCACCCAGAAGCUCCUCCUCCAAGACACUUUCCAUGAGGUGAAAAGGAAGCGUGACAAGAGAAAGGAGAAUGUCAGAGAACCUGCUGAGCCUAGGUGGAGGCCCGGUAUGCAGGGACGAGGAGGUAGGGGAGGUCGGGGAAACUACUCCUCCCGCUCACUGCCUAACGAUACUACUGCUGGAAGAAAUGCAACAUCAGGAAAGGAGAGUGGGCUAAAUCAAGGGAUAGAUAAAGCUCAGACGUCUAUAUCCACAACUCCUGACACAGAGAAUAAGCCUGCAUUAUCGAGCUCUGUAUCUGGUAUUGUCAAUGGUCCCAGCAACAUAGAACAUCCUGUGUCUUCUCAGGGGUCUAAUGUAUCUGGUGUUGACGGCGCACCAUCGGAAGCAAAUUCUGAUGCAGUAACUACUAAGACUACGAAUCCCAGAUUACCUUCUAAAGAUGCAAAAGGUGGUUCUGCACCUGGUCAAUUGCAACGAGAUAUGGAUCAAUUCUCUUCAAACAAGCUGGUGAUGGUUCCAUCUACUGAUACACACACCCCUUCUGAGCUGGGGACCACGAAACAGAUAAAACCACAUGGAUCAGUAACAGAUGAACCUGUAGAAAAAUCCCAAGUUGCAUCAUCUUCUUCUGGUCCUCUGGGCAGUAGGCCAUCUUCAACCUACAACAAUCGCUUUCAGCAUCCAAGUGGUAUGCAGAAAGCACCUCUUGCUAAUAAAGAGUGGAAACCAAAAUCAGUACUUGCAAACCCUGCUCAGGCAUCCGAGACAAAUGACACAUCUGAAGUACCGGUGGUUAUUGAAGCUGUUUCCCAACCAUUGCUAACCUUAUCUUUGACCACUCCAAAAGGAGUUUCUGUUAAUCUAGCAAAGAAGGUAGAGGAACUGAAGCUAUCAGACCGACAGCAUGUGAUUAUUCCAAACCAUCUCCAGGUCCCAGAGUCUGAACGACAUGGACUAAGUUUUGGAAGCUUUGAUGCUAAUUUUGAGUUUAAUACGGUUCUUACCAAAGACACUAUGAGAGACAAUAUUGAGACCCCACCUUAUGAGUCAUCUCAAGAGACUGACGAAACUAUUGAGAAGCACUCUUUAAGCAACAAUGCAACAUCCUCAGCUGCUGAAGAAGACGACUUUUCUGAACAUCCUCAAUUAUCUGAACAGGUCACAGAAAGUUAUUCAGUGAAGGAAAUUGUUGCUUCCAAUAUCACGUCGCCUGAAAAAGAAUAUAACGAGGCCAACCAAGAAGAUAAUUUAGCACCAGAAAGUUCUCAGAAUGUGGUUCUUCAGUCUAUGCCAUCCUAUCCACCAGUUGGAUUGGUGCCGCAGCUUGGUAGCCAUAUUGCUUCUUUUGAAGGCUCAGAUUCUCAUGCUCGUGAUAUGUCUCGUCUUCCAAGUUUUUUGGUCCAGCAACCAUAUGAUCCAUCCACUAGUUAUUUCAAUCCAUUCUAUCGUCCAUCUCCUGAUGCUGAUGGUCGGAUAUCUCCUUUUUUUGCAUCGGGUGCCUCCACUAGAUACAAUGGGAACAUUGCCCUUCUACCUGCUCAGGCUGGUCAGGCUUCCCAAGAGAAUACGAACCCCAUAGUACUACCUACAGUUGGCUCAACUCCUUUGGGAACUCAAGCUUCUGGCACAAUGCAGGGUUCUCUUGCUAUUCCCCAGCAGUCAGUCCCUGUCUUCCGUCAACCUGCUGGGUUACAUAUAUCUCACUACUCUCCCAACUACAUUCCCUACAGUCAAUAUUUCUCACCAUUCUAUCCCCCUCCUCCUGCGGUGCAUCAUUUCUUGAGCAGUGCUGCAUUCCCUCAGCAACCUCUUACAGGUGGCAUGUACCCAUCCCCUGGAGCUGCAACUCCUGCUGCUGCUGCUGCUGUCAAGUAUUCUCUUCCCCAGUACAAACCUGGUUCUAACACUGGCAAUUCAACUAUUGUUGGAUUACCAAAUGUUUAUGGUUCAUAUAACUCCACCCAGGCUGGCUAUACCUCUGUUCCUGCUGUAAGCACUGGAAACUCAACCACCAAUGAAGAACUGGGGUCGUCACAGUUCAAGGAGAAUAAUGUUUAUAUCUCUGGACAACAGAGCGAAGGCCCACCAGUCUGGAUUCCUGCCCCUGGACGUGACAUGUCCUCACUUCAAGCUAGCUCUUUCUACAACAUUCCUCAGGGUCAGCACAUGACUUUUACACCAACACAAGCUGGACAUGGCGCCUUCAGUGGCAUCUAUCCCCCGACACCUGCUGUCCCCAAUUCUGUUCACCCUUUGCUGCAGCAGUCACAAACUGUAGCUGGGGCCGUCGAAAUGCUGGCCCCUCCUACUGGUGUUUAUCAACAGACACAACGCGCACAGAUAAAUUGGACCAAUAAUUAUUGAAGCCACUCAAACCUAAGUUAUAUUAGCCACAGCUCGGACAUCGAUCUUCACUCGGUCAGUUUAGAGGACAUUUGGAACGCGGCAUAGGAGCAAGCCUGAUUGGGAAAACAAAAAGAAUGGAUAUAUAUUUAUAUCUAAAGCAUGGCCUUCCUGCAUGGGAAGGCCUUCAGGGUUUGGAGUUGCUAGACAUUCAUAGUUUGGGCUAUACUUGUGAACUGAUACUGACCUCUCUCUUUUAUGUUUACUUGUGCGGUUCCCUCGGGUUCUUCUGUUA